AUGCUGAGAGUGGCCACUGAAGAGCCAGAAUCAGUGCAGCAGGCUCAUGCUGAAGCGACCAUGGUCAACCUGCUGAGCAAUGAUUCCACCGCGGCUGCUGUCCUCCAACGACCAGGUGCCGUGAUGCGUCUGUUACAUUGUGCAGCCACUUCAUCGGACUGCCAGGCACUGAUUCGAGCUCUACUCACUGCCCUGCCAGUGGCGCACUCACAAAAGGCUGUGACUGCAGAUGACAUUGAAGGCUUGUUGGAAUUUCUUCAGAGCGAACACACCAUGGAACUGAAGCAUGUGGCAGCAUCGUACCUGGCCUCGUGGGCUGAAUCCUCUGUUGUAAACUCUCGAAGAAUUGCCAGCUCUGGGAGUGUGAAUGCAAUCUGUCAUGUGGUCAGACAAGUGACAGGGAAGGGCAGAGAGUCGCAUUUGCUCCAGUGCGAAGUGGCCAGGAUUAUGGGUGCCCUUGGUGCCCACUGUGCCAGUAGCAUGGAGCAAUGGGUGAAUCCGCUGGUCUUCAUGCUUGCAGAUGGUGCUGCUACGUCGGACCCCUCCUUGGCACAUGCAGUUGUGAAUGCGUUGGCUACCUGUGCAGCAACUGGCGAUCCAAGUGUACAGAAAGCCCUGGCCAACAGCACGCUUUGGCCACUUCUGCACACGAUUGCAAAGGAGGGGUGUGGACAGCUCAAAUGUGCAGCAAUACCCGUAGUAGGCGCUCUGGCUAGCGGCGGCAUCCCAGUGUGUGAGAGUGAAGCAGACUACUGGACAGAGACAUUGCUGGGAUGGGUGACAGGGAAUGAGUCUGAGGACUGUCUUGUUGCCACAAGCACUGCUGCUCUGGCAGGUAAGGAAUGGCUUAUAUGUUGA